GCACCAUUCCACCAACCCACAUCCACACCCACACCCACAACCACCAAAACAAAUAUAAAUUCAGAACCUCCACCACAAUUAGCCCACCAGCGACCACUCGGGUUCAUUAAUUUGGGAGAUCAGAGGGUCGAGAAAGAGGGAAAAAAAAAAAAAAAUGAAGAGCGGAAGAAAGGUGAUGAGAUCGGCGGGUGUGGUUUUAGCGGUGGUGGCGGUUUGUUUAUUAGGAAGGGUGGUGCCGGGACGAGCAGAGGAAGAGAAUUUGAAAGAGGAGUGCAGCAAUGACUUCGAGAAAGUGGUGAGUUGUUUCGCGUACGCGACGGGGAAAGCGGCGGCGCCGACGGAAGAGUGUUGUGAUUCGAUUGAAGGUAUAAAAGAAAGUAAGCCGAAGUGCUUGUGUUUCUUCAUACAACAGACUCAUAAUGGGAAUCAGCAGAUCAAGAGCUUAGGGAUUCAAGAGAUUAAGCUUUUACAGCUUCCUUCUGUUUGUCACUUGAAGAACUCCAGUGUUAGCUAUUGCCCAAAGCUUCUGGGGUUACCAGCAAAUUCACCGGAUGCUGCCAUUUUUAGCAAUUUGACCUCACCGGCGACACCGGCGUCCGCAACGACGACGAGAACAAGUCCCGACGGAAAUGCUGGAACUAAGACAGUAGCCAAUUCCCCAGUUGGUUUGAUGGCGGUGGCGAUGGUCGUUGUAAUCUCUUUUACGGUGUUCCUUUCACCGAUCACGUACGCCUGAGGGAUAAGAGUAAAAAGCUGUAAUUUUCUUUUUCCAAUCUGGUAGUUUCUUUUUUUUUGGUUGAAUAUGAUUUGGGAUAAACUGGACGUUGGGAGUUUACAUUUUUACUUUUGUUAUUUGGUGUUUUGUUCAUAUUUUAGGACAAAAGUGUUGUUAGGUUUUUCUUAAGACACUGUUGGGUUUUGUUUGUAUUUCAUUUCUAAUUUUCUGAAGAAUAUGGAGAGAUCAGAAAGCUUCGCUCUUUACGAACUA